AUGCAUUUAACCCUGAAUUGCGCCCUAUAUCGAUUCUAUAUCGCUUCCCGGUAUUAUCCUACUCGAAUAGGAGAAAUCAUCAAGGAGCAAUAUCAAGUCGUAGGCAAAUUGGGUUUUGGAUCUACCUCAACUGCGUGGCUUGCACGGGACAUGAAUAUACUUAUCUACGACAAUUAUAGUGGCCAUCGUUAUGUUAUGCUCAAAAUCUUCGUCCAGGCUUCAUUUAUGGGCCAGCUAGUGGAUGAUGAGCUCAAGAUAUAUAGACACAUGGAGCAAUCUCCAAAAGGCCAUCCCGGUCGUGACGCCCACCGACGCCUUGUGCAUCCCCCAUUAUGGGACAGUGUUUUGACUUUCUUACGCCGCAACCCGGUAGAGAGGUUGCCUUCAGCGAUCGUAGCGUUUGUACUUCGGCGCCUGUUUUUGGCGUUGGAUUAUCUACAUACGGAGUGCCAGAUCAUAUAUAUUGAUAUAAAGGCCGAUAAUAUCAUGCUCGGCAUCAACGAUGAUUCUGUCUUUAGCGACUUCGAAGAGAAGGAGCUUCAACGCCCUGUUCCGAGGAAGGAGGUAGACAUGAACGGGCGAACAAUCUACAUGUCCCGGGAUCUCAGGAUGCCGAAUGAUUUGGGUGCCCCAGUCCUAUGCGAUUUUGGUUCGGCCGUGCUCGGUAACCAAAACCACACAGAAUUCAUUCAACCUAAUAUCUAUCGAGCACCGGAAGAGAUUCUAGGAGUUCCGUGGACGUACAGCGUCGAUAUAUGGAAUAUUUGGGACAUUUACGAAGGCGGUUCCUUGUUCACCGACCAAGACCCCGAAUUUCAGACGUACCGAAGUCGAGCCCACCUGGCUGACAUGAUAAAUCUUCUUGGUCCCCCGCCGCCUAGUCUUCUUACCCAAGGAGAGCUAAGAGACAUAUUUUUCUUAGAGGAAGGCACGUCAAGCUUCUUGUAA